AUUUCAUUUUUCACCUAAGCAAAGCCGUGCUUGAUCACUAUGAACCCACUCGACAACGCCACCCACGAGUAUUCCAAUGAUAUCCCAGUGAUCCUCCCUCACUCCAACAUCUACAAUAUCCAAGUCGGCUCUCGGCUUUUCAAAUUGAGUGGAGCAUCACUCUCAUCGGAUGGCCCAUCCUAUUUCACAAACUACUUCAUGCAACCAGAAAACACCGAUAAGACUCUCUUCCUCGACAGGUCUCCCGAAGUGUUCGAGAGAAUCUGUGUUCAUCUCCAAGGCUACUACGUGCUGGUGGACGAAGAUGACGACAGAAUUUCUGUGUUUUUGGCCCAAGAUGCUGCUUACUUUGGGCUAAACCGUCUUUCAGCUAUUCUUGGUAAAGAAUACCUUUUCAUACGUGUGGGGUCCACUCCGUUCAAAGUCCCCAAAUCUCUCAUUGCGGCACCAGGAAAUUAUCCCAAUUACUUGACCAUCAACAACCCACUUGAUCAGAGAAUCCUAAGUCUUGAAGUUGUUCAGAAACGACAAUUGCUCCGACCCCCGCCGGCCAAGUCAGCCGAGGCUCCUACACGGUCAGCCAGGCUCUUUGCUGAUAUAUUGGAGUUGCUUCGAGGGAACUUGGAGGUUAUCAGAGAUGAUACACACAGACGGGUACUUAUGCGAGAGUGUCGCUACUAUCGGUUUUUAGAACUUGAACAACGGAUCAUCAAGCACGCCGUCACACGGAACCCAUAUACACCUGAUAGUGAAGAAAUCAUCAUAAACGUGAAUGACGUGCUGCCCAAAUACAUUUCAAUACCGCAAGUGCCUGAGGGCAUGGAAGCAUACGUUCAAUACCAAAGACCAUACAUUGCCCGAGAGCCUCGUCGAAACUUGGUAUUCCAAGUGGACUAUGAAAGCGAUUCUUUGGGUGGACCACAGUCCCAAUUCCAUGACGUUAAGCUUUAUUUGAAUAAAACCCUCAAACUUGUAACCACCAAGUUCUCAGGUGCCAUUGGGCAUAAAGUAAAGAAACUAUUUCAGGACGUGGCUCACCCUGAGUCGUGGAUUUGUGACGUCACCCAAGGACCUUUCAACUUCAGUGUUUCAUUUAUCACCACCUUGCUUGAUUGCCAUUCAGUCAUAAAUGGAUUAGAAAUGAAAAAUACCUGGGUGUACGAUUUUUUGGGCGUUUCAGCCGAGGAAAUCGCCCAUACGUUUAAUUCGGCUAUUAUCUCUGAGGGUCGGAUCGUGUAUGCUGACGACAAGUCCAAGGAUGAAAGCAGUCCUGCCAGCAAAAAAAGGCGAUUGACAGAUGCUAUCCAGGGGGAUGUAUUUGAGUUUCGUCUUUUGAAGUCCCAAUGGAGUUUGACAUUCUUGAACGAGCAUCCCAAGUUGAUCUGUUCUAGAUUUGAAGGUGUUAGUGAUACAUUUUCUUUCAAUAAGCAAAAACUGUUUAUUUGACUUGCGCAACUGGCUGCAAAUUAAAGCGAUUGCAAAUUCCUCUAUAUCCAUUAGUAUAUAACCCGUACACAACCUUCCCAUACCUUAUAUUAGUUAAAUUCUAUAUCUAUAUGUAUGCCCGUCAAACCCUAUAACCCAGUCUUCCCUCCAUAUCAUACCGCCGUCAAACGAAAACCUUCUAGCAUCACUCUAG